AUGGAGGAAUCUUUAGAGCUAUCAAAUAGCAAAAAAAAUAACGAAGAAAGUACAGUACAUCAUGAUGUUACUCGUCGACUUAAAGCUCCGUAUCUUAGCGGAAUUCCUCUACGAAUUAUGAUCUUUAUGCUGGAUUACGUGCCAGGAAUGGCAUCAUUUUUUUUCUGGAACGCUGGACUUAAGGCAUUGCGAAAACUGAGUUUUGAGGACCAUCCAACAAUUUUUCCACUUCCUUUACCAAAAGAAGCAUUUAGAAUCGAGGAAACAACGGUAAUCGAUGGCUUGGAAAUUUUCGAGAAACAAAAAGACUCGCGUCCGAAAAAUUAUUCCUCAGGACUUUUAGGCACAAGUGAUUUUCAUGAAGCUUAUCUUGCUAAAAGGGUUACUCCCCUACAAGUAUGCGAAGCACUUCUAUUGAAGAUUGAAGAAACUCUUGAUGUUACUAAAUGUAAUCCUCCUCUCAAUGCUAUCUUUAAGUACCAACGCGAUGAUAUCAUCGCGCAAGCCACUGCAUCAACGGAACGAUAUGCUAAUGAUUGCUCGUUGGGUCUGCUUGAUGGUAUUCCGAUAGCAGUUAAGGAUGAGGUUGAUGUCAAAGGUUAUGAAACUAAUGCUGGCACCAAAUUUAUAAAUCAUGGAAAUCCAGCGAAGGACGACGCGACUAUUAUAGAGAGGCUAAAAGAGAAAGGUGCAAUUAUUGUCGGAAAAACGGCAAUGCACGAAAUUGGAUUUGGUAUUACAAAUAAUAAUCCAUUUGUAUGUACACCGCGAAAUCCCUACAAUGUAAAUCAUUAUCCCGGAGGAUCGAGUGGAGGUAGCGGUGCUGCUGUUGCCUCUGGAUUAUGUCCAAUAGCUAUAGGAUGUGAUGGUGGAGGUUCCAUUAGGAUACCUUCAUCAUUCUGUGGUAUUUAUGGUCUCAAAACCACAUGUGGAAGGUUUUCUGCUUAUGGCGAAUUUGCCGUAUCGGGUCCUAUGGCUGCAAAUGUGGACGAUUUGGCAUUAUCGUAUUAUGUCAUGGCUGGAAAAGAUCCAAAGGACCCCCAUUCUUUACAUCAACCGUUGCCCACAUUACAUGGUCUUUACUUUACUAAUACGUUAAGUGACUUAAAAAUUGGCGUUUAUUCAGCCUGGAAUAAGCAAGUGGAUAACCCGGCCAUUACUCUUGCUUUAAAUACUUAUAUCAAUGAACUAAAACUUCGCGGGGCAAAAAUUAUAGAGAUUAAGAUUCCUGAGCUUGAGGAAGUACGACUAGCCCAUUUGCUUACUAUUGGUACUGAACUUACUAAUACCGCAAAGAGAUACCAUCACAAGUUGCAUUUAUUUUCAUGUCCUACUCGUACAAAUUUUAAUUUAAUGAAGUUAGUCACAGCAUCGGAUUAUAUUACAUCCCAACAAAUUCGUACCCGAAUUAUGCAUACUCUUGCGGAUCUCUUCAAUAAUCAAGUUAAUUUAAUUUUAACGCCUACGACUGCCAUUACCGCUCCAAAAGUUCAUUCACGCUCGUUGUCUUUUGGCGAAAUAGAUGCUACGAUUACAUCUGAUACAAUGAGAUUCAUUCAAUUAGCGAAUUUUUCUGGGGUUCCAGCUGUUUCGGUACCAGCUGGAUAUGAUGAUAAUAAUUUGCCAAUUGGAUUACAAUUCAUUGCUAAAUGGUAUGAUGAAGCAACAUUAUUACGUAUUGCUAAAACUUCUGAAGAAAUAUUAGGAAACGGAAGAAGAAAACCCUCCGACAAAUUAUGGUUUGGUAAUUAUGUUCGAAAAGUUUCCGAAAACUUUUUUGGAGAAUCUCAAGUGUCCAAAUUAUAA